GCGGGCAUUUUCGGACGGGAGAGAACCCUGGGCGAAGGUGUCGAGCUCGUAUUUUUUACGCCGAGCCGAAGAGCGCGUGACGGAUGGCCAGGACGCGAGCAUGCCGACGCUGAUCACUGCACGUGCUUCUCGCACGGCCACGGCGAGGCUGGGCCUCCGGUCGCCGUCUUUCGGACGGAGUCGAAAGCGGCUCCUGUGGCUGCUGCCGACGUUCGUGCUCGUCAACUUCUUUUUCUUCCGGUCGGGCAUCGGUAUCGGUGACGUGGUAUCACCGGAGGAUGCAGCAUCACCGAAUGAAGGUACGAGAAGGCACCUCCUUGCGGACGGUCAGCCAGACUGCGUGCGGCCGUCCAUCGAACACUUUCCGGGCGACUUCAUGACGCAGGAGCAGCGCCAGCAGGGAGGCGUCGUGCUGCAUUUCAUCAUCGUCAUUUACCUCUGCGGCAUUCUCGGCUACAUCUGCGAUGACUACUUCGUGCCUUCGCUCGAGAUCAUCGCUGACACCCUGAAAGUCCCGAGUGAUGUGGCCGGGGCAACGUUCAUGGCCAUUGGAACAUCUGCACCGGAGCUGUUUUCUUCGAUAAUAGGAUCAUUCAUAACAGAAGGUGACAUUGGAGUUGGCACUAUCGUGGGGUCAGCAGUGUUCAACAUACUUGGAGUGACCGGUGUCGCCGGCAUCGCGGUCUGGAAUAAUGACGUUCCAAUUGACUGGUUUCCCAUCACUCGAGACUGCGUCAUGUAUGCUGUCACAGUGGUGGCUCUCAUAGGAGUAAUUAGCAACAAUAUUGUUGAAUGGUACGAGGCCCUGAUUCUAAUCUUGAUGUUUCUGGCUUACAUCGUGGUGCUGUUCUUCAAUGCUCACAUCGAGUACUACUCCCUGGUCAAGGUGGAAGCGCUACGAAAGAAGUGGUUCGAGCACAGCGACGCUGCAGCCAAUAAAGAGCAGGAUGACGAAGCUACUCCGCUCGUGAAGAGUUUUCAAGAGAGACAAGAAUUUGCCACAACUCAGAGAAGAGACUCUGCUGUUUCCGCUGACGUGGAAAGGCGACGACGCGACAGCAUUCUUGUCAGUGAGAGCGUGUGCAAGCUCGAAGAACAAGAAGAGCAGGAGAGCGUGUGGUACAUGCCGCGCGAGGGCUCUGUGGGUCAAGUACUUUGGGUGCUGUUCUGGCCCGUGCGGUUCUUGUUGCACUUCACGGUGCCCGACUGCCGCAAGGAAUCUCUCCGGCGCUGGUAUUCACUCACCUUCAUCCUGUCUGUCGUCUGGAUCGGGGGUGUCUCCUACCUGACAGUAUGGAUGGUCACCAUAAUCGGUUACACCAUUGGCAUACCGGAUUCCGUUGCUGGAAUCACGGUGCUGGCUGCCGGAACCAGUGUCCCUGAAGUCUUCUCCAGCGUGAUUGUUGCCAGAAACGGCCUUGGCAACAUGGCCAUUUGCAACUUGCUGGGCAGCAACAUCUUCGACGUUCUUUUUUGCCUCGGGGUACCCUGGUUCUUGAAGGCCGUGUUCGCCUCGAGGUCUCACGAGGUGUUCAUCAACAGCGCCGCCAUGACCUACACAAGUGUGACGCUCUUGUCGACAGUGGUCUUGCUCUUCGGCACGUUCGUCAUCACUCGCUGGAAGCUCAACUACAAAGUGGGAUUUGCUUGUCUCAUCAUGUACAUUAUCUUCAUCACACUCGCUUGUAUGUACGAACUGAACGUCUUCGGGGACUUCAACCCCCCCACCUGUGCUUAACCGGUUCUGUCGCUUGUAUUUGCACCACGAGGCCUGCACGUAAGCCUGCAACCACCACCUUCUUUAUAGCAGCAAGGCCUUGGUGUUGGUUUUUGUUACCUCAGCUAUCGCACGAUAGCGCGGUGCAUAGAUUGGGCAGGAGUGCCGCGUCGGUCUUCGUCUGGGGUUUGUGUCUUCAAUGAUUGAACCCGAGUUCCGACCGAAUGCUGGCGCGGCGCUCCUAUCCAAUCGCAUGUUGCGUAAAAUUUCAUCACUGCGGCCUUUUUAUGUAGGAAGUGCUCCUUGAACUGAGUUAUGCCGAUUGAACUCGGCCGUCCAGGAGCUAUUUGUGCACUUGAAAGUUCAGUAUGUUGGUACAUUGGUCAAUCGCCGAAAGAGAACGUAUGUUGUUAUUUGGGGAGCACGAAGCAGGGGUCGGGGAGGGAUAGGAUGACGCUCUCAAUAUAUGGCCCCUUCAUUUAUUCACCAUCUCUGUACCGAUCCGAGGGAGACUGCUAGAACAAGCCCGAAAUUUUCAAGGAAUGCCCGAUUUUCCUGAGAAUGAACCUGACGUACCAAAAAUGUGUGAUAGUUUUUUUUUUAAAAUAAAGUUAACGCUUCGUGAAUAUUUUUUAAAGCACAUUUUUCAAAACUAUUUGCUUUGCCAAUUCGAGCGACUAUGCGUCAUGACGUUAUCAGGUCACAAUAUUUCUGAAUUUGUUGUCUAUGCUUUUUAGUUACAACAGGCAUUCUGUCCAGGCUCCAAACAAAAAGAAACACAAAAGAAUAUUUUGUAAAAAGUCUUUCACCGUAGGAAUGAUGGCGCCGUGAGAUUCCAUCCCUGAAACAAGUCCCACGAUGAAGAGUUGAAGAAUGUAUAUAAUUGUUUCGUGAAUACCGGGGCAAAUGUAGAAAUAUGUCCGAAGAUUGUUUAAUCCUUUAAUUAUGUAUUAUAUUAAAGAAAAGGGAAAUUGCAGCUUGUACGAGUUUUAAAAAGCGAUCCACAUUUCUCACGGUGGUAUGUAAAUAGGUUGUUCAGUGCUUUUUUAUUGGUUUUAUAUCUUUGCUCCUAACCAAAAUGUUAAUUUGCGAUUUGUGCUUUGUGUCUGUGUGUGGGUAUUCAGUGUACGAGCUCGAUUAUUAGUUUUGAUCUCCAGUUAAUACUUUCACGGGGCUUAGCAUAGCCUGUGUGGAACAUAGUGUUGCGGCUAUUUACCGUAAUCUCAAUACCGUGUCCCAAUAUGCCCAAUAAUGUUAACCCUCCCACACUUUACGCUGCACGUGCAUGAACUAAAGCCGGCCAUUGGAAUCUCGAGAAAAAUUACUUUACCCCUAAAAGUUUUCUAAUUUGGUUAGUGUUUUAGUGUUUUAUUCUUUUAAAUAUUUUCAAGUUCAAUUAUUCGUUCUAUUUUGUAUCAGGCUUAAAAAAUGCUCUUCUUGCUGCAGCCUUCAACUCUGCAAACUUUUGAAGGAAGCUGUAUGCUUUAUGCGAGACAAAAAUUGAGUUUUAUUAUCUAAAUCGAAGUCUAUGCUUGAAGAUUUGUUUUAUUACUGAAAUGUGCAGAAUAAAGUUACUAAAGUUUCCGGA